AUGCCAUCUCAAAGACCCAGACGUAACGCCAUCUCUGGGCCCUCCACCAGCCAGCUGUACACAUCCCGUGGCACCCAAUACACCGACGAGGAACUGGAAACCCACUUCAGAUCUACAGCAACGCCCCCCUUUCCAUCGGCAGUUCUAUCUCUUCGCCAGCACGGGGCGAUGCCAAUCGAAUCAGUUUCACCAAUGUACAAUUGUAACGUUGAAGUGGAUAGUCAGCGUCCUCGAAACCCACCCCCCAGCCCCCAAUCCUCGAGCCCUCCCGGAACCCCCGAGGAGCGACCCUCGAGCCCAAACCUACCCCUAAGUCCAAGCCUAUCCCCUUACUCCAUCUACCCCAACAGCCCCUUCGGACCCUUCCACGAGUUUGACUUCAACUACACGAACUCACACAACGCCAACUCGCCCGCACACGACUCCUACAGCCCCCUCAGCACCCCCAUUUCCACAACUCGCCAAAACUACCCUUACUACCCCGCACCUCCUCCCAACUUCAGACCAAGCCUUAGCGUCCGCCACGGCGUGCACAAACGCGACAACACCAGCGGCACGCGCCCCAGGCGGCAGCGCAGGCACGGCGAGCACCGCACCCGCGCGCCCGGCAGCCUGCAGUGCAGCCGCAAUGCCCCGGAUUUUCUCAUCCAGGACAUUAUGAGCGGGGAACCCGAGCCGGACUGCGAAUGCCGGAGAUGGACAUGGCCGUCGUUUUCGUCCACGUCACACACGUGGUCUUCCCGGGUCGCUGCUGCGACAAGAAGGCAUUUGAUGAGGGAAACAGCGGGUGUAAGUUGGGAGCGGGAGCAGGCGCGGCAGGUGGAUUCGCUGGCUGAGAGUUUUCGGAGGCAGCAGAUUCGGGAGGACGAUGCUGAGGAGACGGUGAUGAAUGCGGAAGAGACGGAGGCGGGUGCGGAACAAAGGGAUGAAGAUAUGCAUGAGAGCAAGGAUCAAUAGGCAGG